GCCUCUCCGGUGCGUGGUCGCGUUCUUUACCCAUCCUUGAGAGUAGCUUGUGGUGUCUCUUGCUGUGCGUGUAGUCGACAAUGAAACGCCUUUGCCUAGUAUGAAUUGACAAUGAUGAUGCACGCCAACAGACAGCGAAGAGCAAAGGCCGAAGGCGAAGAGAACGCUUCCACGACGUUGGCAAGGUGACGCUACAAAGGUGACGCUUCUACAGCGACGACGCUAGCUAGACGUCGACGCUGCGAGAUUGAUGAAGCAACGCUGACGAGGCGACCUCCGACGCAGUUGGAGACGCAGACCGACGGCAGUUAUCGUGCAGGACGACGGCGGCGACGCAGCGAUGCUUAGCACUGAGAAGCAGGCUCUCGAGCAAAGCUACGUGCACGGACUCACCAAGAUGCACCCGACCGAGCUCGACUACUCAGCCUACGUCGGCGACUACGGCGUCCAGCCGACGCACGCGACGCAGACGACGACGCACGCCGAGAUCGUGAAGCGCGAGCCGACGCCCGACGCCGCGUCGGCUGAUGACGCUAAGAACGGUAAAUGCGAGAAGUCGGAUAAGAGCGUCGGUGAGAAAGACGGUGACGCAGACGCACGGGACAAGGAUCCGAACGUAAAGCCACCUUACUCGUACGUCGCCCUCAUUGCAAUGGCGAUCAAGGACUCCUCGGAGCGACGGUUGACGCUGUCGCAGAUCUACCAGUACAUACUCUACAAGUUUCCGUUCUACGAGAAAAACAAGAAGGGCUGGCAGAACAGCAUACGGCACAAUCUGAGUCUGAACGAGUGCUUCAUCAAGGUGCCGCGAGAGGGCGGUGGCGAGCGCAAGGGCAACUACUGGUCGCUCGACCCGGCCUGCGAGGACAUGUUCGAGAAGGGCAACUACCGGCGACGACGACGCAUGCGCCGUCCGGCGCCGUACCGGCCGCCGGCGCUCAGCAAACCGGGUCUAUUCGGGGAUCCGACUUUUGGCGGACCGCAGUUCGGAUUGACGCCGAAGAGCUACUUCUCGCCCACGUACAGCAGCCCCAACUGGAGCAUGAACCACAUGCAGAGCAACUACAACUCGUACAACUCCUGCCAGCGCGUGCCGCAGAUGCUCGGCCAGGCCUACUCGCCAUCGAUGGGCUCCGUAGGCUCGAUGGGCUCCGUAGGAGGCAUGGGCUCCGUAGGCGCUAUGGGAUCGGUGGGAGCGAUGGGGACGGUCGGAGGCAUGGGCUCCGUAGCGUCGAUGCCUGGCUCGAUGGGAUCCAUGCAAGGGAUGCAAAGCAUGCAGAGUUUCAUGAAUGGAUACAACAUGAACCACAGCGGAAUGCAGCACGUCAAUGACCUUGGGUCACCGGCUCCGGCCUAUCCCGGAUUUCCGACCUGUCGCCGCCAGGCGGAGCCAGCCGUCGGGUCAAUGAGUUCGAUGCACUAUCCUUACUGGACGGAGAAGACUCACUCCCAGCAUCUGUAGCGGACUUGUGGAUGUAUCAACACACUCCCGUCACGUGCAAAUGUGACCAUCGAUGUCCCCAUGACUGCUAUGACUUACUUACUGAACAACUGUCAGUUUAGUCUACCCGUCAUCAUGGGCUACAGACACUACAGAUCGCCAUGUAUACCGGUCGCUAUGAUUUACCGAUCAAUACAGUUAACAAAAUUAUAUGAUAUGCGCAAGUAUAAUCUACGAGGACCUUGCAGGACUGCACACAAAGUAAAACAUUAGAGACGGAUAACCGUUCACUCCGUUGCAUAAUAUGCAUCCGGAUUUAAAAGAAUGGCGCAGUACUGUUGUUCGUGCGCACUCGGACCAAUAGAGUUGCGUCACGUUCGAUCUGUGCGUCUCACAGUGCGUCGUGCUCGAUCUAUGCGUCUCUCCGUGCGCCUCGCUCUAUCUAUGCGUCUCUCAGUACGCCCCUGCACUUCCUGGCGUACCGAUUGGCCAUCUUGAACGACGAACACAGCACAGUGAAUGGCGCAACGCUCGCUAUUAUAAUAUAAUUAUUAAUAAAAUUUUUACCUGUCGAUGGCACUAUAUGUAUUAAAAGGCGUUUUCCUGUAAGCAGAUUUUUACCGUAACAUUAUCAUGUUAAUAAAGGAAUGGAUUCGCUAGCGGUAAUGCUUGCAUUUGAGGUGAAGUUUGCGAGAGAUGUAGGAACGCUGCAAUAAUUGUGUAAGUAUGUAUGCUGCCAUAUAUAUAUAUAAGUAAAUGUUUGUGAAAGGAA